CCUACCCUUGUAAUUUCCAACAUCCUUCCCACAGAACACACUCCAUCUUCCGACCAAUUCCAUAGUUAUCUGUCAAGCAACCACAUAGAAAUGUCUGAUCACGGCCAUCAAGGAGGUGGGCACGGCCCUGGGGGAGGCCACGGUGGUCCUGGAGGGCACGGUGGCCCCGGGGGAGGGCAUGGUGGUCCUGGUGGAGGGCAUGGUGGCCCCGGGGGAGGGCAUGGUGGUCCUGGUGGAGGGCAUGGUGGCCCCGGUGGAGACCACGGUCAUGACAAGGGCCACGGAGACCAUGGCCAUGGAGGAGGCCAUGGUCAUGACCAUGGCCAUGACCACGGCCAUGGAGGAGGACACGGUCAUGACCAUGGACAUGGAGGAGGCCACGGUGGCCCAGGUGGAGGUCACGGCGGCCCUGGAGGACAUGGUCCUGGCGGAGGGCAGGGUGGCCACGGUGGAGGCCAUGGUCAUGACAAGGGCCAUGGGCAUGACCACGGCCAUGGAGGAGGACACGGUCCUGGCGGAGGGCAUGGUGGCCCUGGAGGCCAUGGGCCUGGUGGACAUGGUCACAGAGGGCACUGAUAAUAUUCCCCGUUAUGUGCAUCACCACAAGAUCAAUACUGUGUCUUGCGAACGACAAAGGUUGUGAUUGUUGUUGUUGUUGUUGUUGUUGUAGGAAGAUUGUCGGAUGGUGUGGUUGUUGUAUGAUGACUGUCGACGCUUUCGUUCAAUAAUAUUAAGGGCUGCCUUAAGUUUCUCGGUGAUGUUCUAAUGGAGACGAAUAUUUUGAGGAUCA